UUGGUUACCAUUUUGAGUACAAUUUUUGACACUUCCGCCGGUCGCAGCUGUCAAAUUUCUUUCUUUUCGUUGUUAUUACGACGGUAGUUUGGUCCCGCACAACCAAUCAAAAUGAAAUUGAAUAAGUUUGUGUCGUCGUCGCGCAGGAAGAACCGCAAGCGCCACUUCCAGGCUCCGUCACACAUCCGCCGUCGCCUGAUGUCCGCACCUUUGUCCAAGGAGCUGCGUCAGAAGUACAACGUGCGCUCGAUGCCCAUUCGUCGUGACGACGAGGUUCAGGUGAUCCGCGGCCACAACAAGGGCAGCCAGGUGGGCAAAGUUGUCCAGGCUUACCGUAAGAAGUUCGUGGUUUACAUUGAGAAGAUCCAGCGUGAGAACGCGAACGGCACCAACGUCUACGUUGGCAUCCAUCCCAGCAAAGUUCUGAUUGUUAAGCUGAAGCUUGACAAGGAUCGCAAGGCCAUUCUGGAGCGUCGCAGCAAGGGACGUUUGGCUGCUUUGGGCAAGGAUAAGGGCAAAUACACCGAAGAGACUGCCGCUCAGCCCAUGGAGACAGCGUAAAUGCUCCCUUCCAAGCACCUAACAACAACAACAACAAC